AUGACUCCGAGUAUUGCCAUCAUUGGUGCUGGCCCCUGUGGCUUGACCUUAGCCCGCCUCCUGGAGUGCAAAGGCAUCGAGUACGUUGUGUAUGAGCGUGAUGAAUCCGACGUCUCAAAUCGAAGAGGGGGCAGCCUGGAUAUUCACGCAGAGACUGGACAACGUGCCCUGAAAGAAGCAGGUCUCUUUGACGAGUUCAAGAAACAUGCGAGAUACGAUGACGCCGUCUUUACACUUGCCAACCAGAAGGGUGAGAGAGUCUUUCAGGCUGGUCAAGACCGUGAUGCGCCGGAAAUCGACCGCGUUAUGCUAAGGCAGAUUCUAUUGAACUCGAUCCCUAACGACAGAAUUCGAUGGAACCACGCUCUCAGAAGUAUAACAUUGGACGAAGAUGGCCAUCGUAUUCUCCAGUUCUCGGAUGGGAAUUCAACUUCUGGGUUUAAACUCGUUAUUGGUGCAGAUGGCGCUUGGAGCAAAGUGCGGCCUUCGAUCACGCAGGCCAGGCCGCAAUACUCGGGGAACCAUUAUAUAGAGUCAAGAAUAAACUCGAACAGCCCUUAUUAUCCGACAAUGGUCUCAAGAGUAGGCGCAGGCACGUUGAUGUGCUUGGGUUCCUCAAAGGAGAUCGUCACUCAACGACAGGGCGAUGGAUCUUACCGAAUCUACUUGGGAGUUACUGUGCCCGAAGACUUUGUGCGAGGCGGGACUGUCGAUCUGACGGAUACUGAAUCUACUCGGCGCCUAUUCCUCUCUUCGCAAUUCUUUGGCGACUGGGCAGAUGAUCUCAAAGACUUGAUUCGGUACUCGGAUGACUUCCGCAGUUGGCCUCUUUACUUCAUGGAUCCCGAAGCGGUCGGUUGGAAGUCUGUCCCCGGCAUGACAUUGGCUGGAGACGCGGCGCACCUCGCGACUCCGAACGGCGAAGGUGUAAACUGUGCCAUGCAGGAUGCGCUUGUACUUGCCUCCAAAAUUGCAACAUAUGGUGCGGAGGACUUGUGUCGCGCUGUCGCAGAAUAUGAGGAGGACAUGUUUCGUCGGGGAGCAGAACAUAUAAGGGACGGGCUAAAGAUGGCGGCCAUUAUUCGACAUGAAGAUGGUCCUGCUGCAAUGAUUUCCUUUUUCCAUUCUGCAAUGGCCAGUGCACAAGCCUAG